AGGAAAAAAAGAACGAGAAAAUCAUUAGUGAUUGUUGGUACCGUGUGCAAUUCUUUCCAGAGACAACCCGUGCAAACCUGGAAUAUCGCGGCCGAAAUGCAGCUCCUGCUCCAAUUGAGUUACGCUCACCUUGCGUGAUAUCCAGGUCGCAGACAACCCUCUCAGGGUCCGUUUCAGCCCGUGAUCAAAACUUAGCAGAACAGCAACGCCAUGGGCAAGUUCACGGGCAAAAAGUGUCGUCUCAUCUCCAUGUUCUGGCUGACCACUUUCAUCUUCCUGGUGGAAAUCGUGGUGGGCUAUGUGACCAACUCGAUGGCCCUGGUGGCCGACAGUUUUCACAUGCUGAGCGACGUCGCAGCCUUAGUGAUUGCCUUCCUUUCUGUAAAGAUGUCGCCUAAGAAAUGGUCUAAAAACACGUUUGGUUGGGCCAGGGCGGAAGUUCUCGGCGCCCUUGUUAACGCAGUGUUUCUUGUUGCUCUGUGUUUUUCCAUCACUGUUGAAGCUUGCAAGAGGUUUAUUGAGUUAGAAGAAAUUCAUGACCCACAGUUGAUAUUGAUCGUUGGAGUGAUCGGACUUGUCGUAAAUGUGAUCGGCCUCUUUCUUUUCCAUGAGCAUGGUUCAGCCCACGGGCACUCUCAUGGUGGCGGAGGCAAGAAACACACGCAUUUGUCCCAGCUGGCACCCAUUGAGGACAAUAUCCAUGGGAGCAAGAUGCAGGUCUCCAACAGGCGUCACUCAUCACACAUGCACACGUCAUCCUCGCACAUGAACAUGCGUGGCGUAUUCCUUCAUGUACUAGCUGAUGCCUUGGGCUCUGUUAUUGUGAUAAUUUCUGCCGCUGUGGUUUGGCUGACAGAUUGGGAGUACCGCUUCUACAUGGAUCCAGCCCUAAGCAUAUUGCUGGUGAUUUUAAUUCUUAACUCAGUCUGGCCGCUUUUGCAAGAAUCAGCCCUCAUCCUUCUUCAAACAGUUCCGACUCAUAUCCAGGUUGACGCUAUACAAAAGAGUUUAUUAGAAAAAGUAGAUGGAGUAUUAGCCGUGCACGAAUUCCACGUGUGGCAACUAGCUGGCGACAGAAUCAUUGCUUCGGCACAUAUCAAAUGCCACAACCUAUCAGAGUAUAUGAAAAUAGCUGAGAAGGUCAAAGAAUUCUUCCAUAAUGAAGGAAUCCAUUCAACCACCAUCCAGCCUGAAUUUACUGAGUACCCUGGGGACGCCCUGAUGGCUGCAUCACAAACCGAGACUUGCGUUCUAGAUUGCCCAAAAACUGACAAACCUUGUGCGCUAUCCACAUGCUGUGGUCCCUCCAAGCAGGGUCGAGACACGCCAUCUCCAGGGGACACUCCGUACACCUGCCGUCAACGAAACGCAACUGGAGGUAGUUUGAACAACCUGCCAAAGGAUUCUCAACAGGUUAACGAGAUGGAGAGUGGCCACCUUCUUGGAGCUGAAAGCAAAGAAUCAAUUAGGCUAGACGCUCAAUAAUUUACCUCCAAAUGAUCCGAGGUACAAUAUAACACCGAUUGCUGGCUUCAGAGGUGUGAAGCCAAAAGCUUUGAUGUAGCAAAUUUGAGCAAGAGCAAACGCUGCCAUCCCGUUGACCAGUUGGCUCCUCCACACCAUGAAGACAUCACCUACAGUGGACACCAAUAGACCAAGGACAAUCCAUCUUGUCCACUUGUGUUCUCUAUAUAGGAAAAGGCAACCAAAUGCGUUAGUCAGUUUUUGACAAAACAAAGAAAAAACUCACUUCUUCCCUCGCAAAUAGAUGAAUAAAAGCAGACUGAAGACAGGUAGUACUUUGAGCACGGCAUUCCACAAGCCUGGUGUUUGGUUCCAAAUUAUGAAGUACCAAAUAGUGCAUUUGAGGAACGGGAUCAACGAAAUCAACGUUUCCCUUAU